AUGACUCGCUCGGUUGCCCUUGCGCUCCAUGCGCUCGUUCUCAGCCAGGCCGUAAUUGCUGCACCGCAGCCGGCCCCAAGGGCUACCACCAACUUGGAUACAUGGCUUGCAUCGGAAGCUAAAGUGGCUCUUAAUGGUAUCCUUGACAACAUCGGUUCUGGCGGCGCCUACGCGGCCUCUGCUCACGCGGGCAUCGUGAUCGCCAGUCCCAGUACCAACGAUCCGGAUUAUUACUAUACGUGGAGUCGGGAUGCAGCCCUGGUCGUCAAAGUUUUGGUCGACCUUUUCAGAAACGGAGAGUCCAGUCUACAGACAGUGCUGAUGGAAUAUGUCAACGCGCAAGCUCAUCUCCAGACUGUGUCCAACCCGUCGGGAUCGCUUUCCUCUGGGGGUCUUGGAGAACCCAAGUUCAAUGUCGAUGAGACUGCGUUCACCGGCAGUUGGGGACGCCCCCAGCGGGAUGGACCGGCUUUGCGAGCUACUGCCCUGAUUGACUUUGGAAACUGGCUUAUCGACAACGGAUAUUCCAAAUACGCAGUUAGCAACAUCUGGCCAGUCGUUCGCAACGAUCUCUCAUAUGUAGCGCAAUACUGGAACAACACGGGGUUUGAUCUUUGGGAAGAGGUACAAGGCUCUUCAUUCUUCACUAUUGCCGCUCAGCACCGUGCCCUCGUCGAAGGCAGCGCUUUCGCCAGCAGAGUCGGCUCCUCCUGCUCGUGGUGUGACUCGCAAGCACCGCAAGUUCUCUGCUACCUGCAGAGCUUCUGGACCGGGUCUUAUAUCCUCGCCAACUUCGGCAGCAACCGUUCGGGCAAGGACGCCAAUACUAUUCUUGGAAGCAUCCAUACCUUUGACCCCAAUGCCGGAUGCGAUGAUAAUACUUUCCAGCCCUGCUCGCCUCGGACUCUAGCCAAUCACAAGGUGUACACGGACUCUUUCCGCUCCAUUUAUGCCAUCAACUCGGGCAUUGCCGCUGGCAAAGCCGUGGCGGUGGGACGCUACCCAGAGGACAAUUAUUAUAACGGCAACCCAUGGUACCUGGCCACAACGGCAGCGGCAGAGCAGCUCUACGAUGCCAUCUACCAGUGGAACCAGGCCAAAUCGAUCACGAUCACUUCCGUAUCACUCGCUUUCUUCAAGGACAUUUAUCCCUCCGCAGCUGUGGGAACAUAUGCCUCUUCCAGCUCAACCUUUACGGCGAUCCUCGAUGCCGUGAAGACCUACGCAGAUGGAUACAUGGGUAUCGUUGAAAAAUACGCCCGGCCCAACGGCUCUCUCGCAGAACAAUUCACCAGGUCCAACGGCAGCCCGGCUUCCGCCCGCGACCUGACCUGGUCUUACGCCGCGCUUCUCACGGCAAACCUACGCCGCAACUCCGUCAUGCCCCCAUCCUGGGGCGAGAAGAACGCGAAGCAGGCCUCCGCUUGUGUUGCGACUUCUGCAACCGGCACGUACAGCGCUGCAACGGGAACCACUUGGCCCAGCUCCCUGACUAGAGGCCCGACUAACUCCACAUCUACCACCACCACCACCACCACUACAGCCACACCAACAGCCUGUAGCACUCCUACCAGUGUCGCCGUGACGUUCGACGUCACCGCCACAACCAGCUGGGGCGAGAAUGUCUUCAUCGCCGGAUCAAUCCCCGAGCUCGGCAACUGGGCGAGCAGCAAGGCGGUUGCGCUCAGUGCGGCCGAUUACACAGACGCCGAUCACACCUGGGGGGUGACGAUGACUCUGCCCGCGGGAACCAGCUUCGAGUAUAAGUUCCUCCGUGUGGCUAAGAGUGGUGCGGUGACCUGGGAAAGCGAUCCGAACCGCAGCUAUACCGUUCCGGCGGAGUGCGGGAUGAUCGCAGCGACCGAGAGCAGUACGUGGAGGUAG